AUAGUGCCGGACGGGAAAUAACCCGAUAAAUACUCUUCUUUAUUUUUUUUUUUAAUUAUUUUUUAAAAUUACUAUUAUUAUUAUUAUUAUUAUAGUCACUGUGUAAAUUAAAAACCUGGCAGCUCCCGGGGCGGAGCGUCACUCCUGACAGCGCCGCAGAAACUCUCCUUGACACCGCACUCUUCUUCUCUUCUUCUCCUCCUCGGCGCAGCGCAACCAGAGGGAGUUUACACCAAAAGUCCAGAGAUGGUGACUUUACGCCCGGGAUCAGAAGAGAGCCCGAACUGAACUCCCCGGCCACUUUGCUUCUUCUCCUGCCCGCCGGCUCCUCCUCAUCAUCAUCAUCAUCAUCUUCAACCCACGCCGACGAGUCCUCCGAAGUUUUGUUUUUGUUUCUGCUCUCUCUCUCUUUCGCGAGAGGGUGCGCGGCGCAUGUGGAAGAAGAAGAAGUGAGUCCCAGGCAACGUUCAUGCGUUUUAAAGUCGACCACAAGUGAGACGAGGGUGUUGGAGCUGAAAGUCUCUUAUCUCUAAUGAUGUCUUCCAUGCGAGCAACGCCUCCUUUCCACCCACCGCCAUCCGAGGAGGCGGACGCCACGGAUCAGGAUAACAACGCGGCCUGGGCCGGAGACGAGCGGGAUGGCCUGACGGAGACGGUCCCCGGCACGACCCCGCCACGCGACCGGCCCUGCCCGGACGAGCCCCCGCUCGCCGGGAAGAAAACGCCGGCCGACAUCAUCGAGUGGGAGACAGUCGCCCCGACCGUAAUGGACAAUGAAGGCAGCAAAGGCUGCUCUGGCUACCCUUACCGGACUAACUCUACCUCUCCUACCAAGCCGGAGGAGUGUUCCAGGGAUCGAGGGGAGUCGGUGAUCGGCCUCGCCUUCGGGACUCCCGAGCGGCGUAAAGGAAGUCUGGCAGACGUGGUUGACACACUGAAACAGAAGAAGCUCGUGGAGCUGACCAAGUCGGAACAAGACGAACCGUCCUGCAUGGUGAGGUUACUUUCCAAGGACUGGAAGGAUCACGUUGAAGGCCUCAACGCCGGCGAGCUGCUGGGGGAGGUCAAAGGUACGCCCGAGUCGCUCGAGGAAAAGGAGCGCCAGCUGUCCACCAUGAUCGGUCAGCUGAUUAGUCUGCGGGAGCAGCUGCUGGCCGCCCACGACGAGCAAAAGAAGAUGGCCGCCUCACAGCUAGAGAAGCAGAGACAGCAGAUGGAGUUGGCCAGGCAGCAGCAGGAGCAGAUUGCCAGACAACAGCAGCAGCUUUUGCAGCAGCAGCACAAGAUCAACAUUCUCCAGCAACAGAUUCAGGUCCAGGGUCACAUGCCUCCUCUGAUGAUCCCCCUGUUCCCACACGACCAGCGCUCUCUGGCUGCCGCCGCCGUCGCACAGCAAGGCUUCCUCUUCCCGCCCGGCAUGUCCUACAAGCCAGGUGAGAAUUACCCAAUGCAGUUCAUUCCGUCAACAAUGGCAGCCGCGGCGGCCUCUGGACUCAGCCCGCUACAGCUGCAGCAGCUGUACGCCGCACAGCUGGCAAGCAUGCAGAUCUCGCCGGGAGCCAAGAUGGCGCCCCUCCCGCAGGCUCCCAACUCCUCCGGUCCGCUUUCACCCUCCAACCUCAAGAGCGAGAAGCGAGCGUCCAGCCCCGUGACUCAGAUUAAGGAAGAAGGAUCCACACAGCCAUUGAACCUCUCCGCCAGACCGAAGAUGGCCGAGCCGUAUCGCUCUCCGACGUCGCCCACGCAGAGCCUGCUGCCCGGAAACAAGACCAGCCCAGGUGGCCUGGGCAAGGGUCGCAUCCCGAGCCCCAUCCCCAGCAUGGGCCGAAACGCCUCCCUGGACAUCUUGUCCAGCCUUAACUCGACAGCGUUGUUUGGGGACCAAGACGCGGUUAUGAAAGCCAUCCAGGAGGCGCGGAGCAUGAGGGAGCAGAUCCAGAGGGAGCAGCUCCUCCAUCAGCAGCAGCAGCCGGGCCACCAGAGUCUGGAGGCCAAGCUGUCCGCACUCAGCAGCAUGAACCUCAACAACAGCAACAAGGAGCGGCUUCACUACGAGACUCUCAGCCAGCAUCUGGGGAAGCUUGGGGAGGACACAGGGAAGAUGGUCCAUCGAGUCAUCGACCUGACGAGACCAGAGGAUCUGGAUGGGAAUAAUAUCACAGAGGCACGAGUGUUCAGAGAGGCACGAGGCAGGAACAGCAGCGAGCCCCACAUCAAGAGGCCCAUGAACGCCUUCAUGGUUUGGGCUAAAGACGAAAGGAGGAAGAUCCUGCAGACUUUCCCCGACAUGCACAACUCCAACAUUAGCAAGAUCCUGGGUUCUCGCUGGAAAGCUAUGACCAAUCAGGAGAAGCAGCCGUACUAUGAGGAGCAGGCCCGCCUCAGCAAGAUCCACCUGGAAAAAUAUCCCAACUACAAGUACAAGCCGCGGCCCAAGAGGACCUGCAUCAUCGACGGCAAGAAGCUGCGCAUCGGGGAGUACAAGCAGCUGAUGCGCUCGCGGCGUCAGGAGAUGAGGCAGUUCUUUGUGGGGCCUCAACCCCAGAUUUCUCUGGGCAACAGCUCAGGAGGCGUUGGAGUUUACCCUGGCGCUAUCACCAUGGCGACAACGGCGACGCCCUCCCCGCACCUGACCUCGGACUGCUCGAGCACGUCAGCCAGCCCCGAGCCCAACAUCCCCGUCAUCCAGAGCACGUACGGGGUGAAGUCCGAGCCCGGCGGCGGCAGCAACGGUACGGGCGUCGGCGCCAUGGAUCUCCCCGGUGACCCCGCAAACGGAGACGACGACAUGGACAUGUACGAGGACUUUGAGGACGAGCCCAAAUCGGACUAUAGCAGCGAGCACGAGACGCGGGAAGUGGUCAGCGCCAACUGACCACGAUCUGGGGGCGGGGGGACGAGUAAAACAAAAACGUGACAAAAACAACGACUCCCUUUACGUCCAGAGAGACGAACUCUGGGAACAAAGUUCAUGGCGGAGGUCAUCCGGGAAGACUUUUCACCGAGCAUGCCCAGGCAAGAGCUGGAAGACUUGUAGAACAGUGUCUUGACAGGCGCCCCGUUGAAGAGAAACGGGCCGAGGAGGGAGAAGGUGUCCCACGAACACGACCUCAACAAUCAUUCAGACUUUGAGCUGACAUGGAGCUGCAGUUUCCUACACUCCGACAAUCGUUAAAGGAGCAAGAGGAGAGAGAGAGCGAGCGAGACAAUGAACAAAUGAGCAGCAAACGCAUCACAACGCGGUGUGGUUUGUAGAGAGCAUGCAUGUUUUUUUGUUUUUUUUCACGCAUCACAAAAUGCUCUUUGACAGCUAUUUGGUCUUAAAUGUGUAAAAGAGUGUGUUAGUUUGACUAUUAUGAUGUAUUUGACUUUUCGUGACCCCGUUUGGUUUUCUGUUCCAUCGACCUCUGACAGGCCUCACUGCCUGGACAAACUCUGGACUGUCGGAACUUGAAAUUUAGAAAGUUUUUCAUAUAAAUUCUGAUUUGUGUUACCUUCUUAGUCUAACCUUACUUUCAACAUAGUGCUAAGCCUUUUCCCCCGCCCCCCUACAAACUGCUUAUAUUGCAUUACUGUUAGUUUUUUUUUUUUUUUUUAAGAAAUAUCCCAGCUCAGGUAUGAUGUGCCAGCUUGUGAAUGUCGUUUUUUUUUCUUUGUUUCCAUAAAAGUAGGACUUUAAUCUGUUCCAUAGAUAGGAUUUUUCAGACUGUCAUUGAAAUAUAGGGAGUUAAAUCCCUUAUUAUUAUUAUUAUUAUUAUUAUUAUUAUUAUUAUUAUUAUUAUUAUUAUUAAGGAAGGAAAAACCCAUACAUUGUACAGUUUUCUUCAGAUGUGCCAAACAUUCACAUUGUCCCUGGAUGUUGUAGUCUUAAUUUCCAAUGCUGCAAAAAAAACGAAGAAAAAAAAAAGUCUUAUACAAUCACGUUUUUUCUAUCUGGUGUGAUAGAUUGUUCUUUUCUCUUUUGUUUGUUUGUUGUUAAGUAAAAUGCUGGUUCCCCUCCUGGUCCAGUCGCAGUCAGAGCUCAGGGAGGACGCGUCUUCGUCACGCUUUCCCCCCCAGUCACACGAACGCAUCGCAUCGUGUCGAAGCCGCUUCACUUCCAGACACAUCGUAGCAGAGUAGCUCAUUUUAUUUCCAGCUGCACUGGUGCUUUCAUGAACCACGUUGCUCUUAGUUCCUUCACGCCAAAGCAGUUCGCUCGAAGCUUAGCGUAGUGCUGCAUCAGCACUUAUGACCGGCCCUUUAAAUCAGGCUAACGACAGAGGUACUUUUUAGCUUUUUUUUAAAAAUUUAUUUAUUUUUUACACCUUAAAUUAAUCAUUUCUGAAGUGAUGUUUUGGUAAAUCCUUGGAAACACUUGACAUUUUACCUGAAUUACGUGACUCUUAUUUACUGUAAAUCCAGAUUAGUUGGAGUUUGAGGCAGAACGUUCUAGCUUGUCCGAGAGCCGAACAUAAAACGGGCUCUUAUGGUUUUAAGUCAGGCCUCAAAACCUCUUACAAUGUAGCCAAAUGUUAUUUUACAAACUAUUGCUCUAUAAAUUCAUCCAUAAGGAUUUUAGUAGCUGAUUUACAAUUAUCUUGAGACUAUACAUUACAAUAUUAUUUAAUUUUAAAAAAAUUAAAUAAUAUGUCUAAACAUUUAUAAAUAAUAAAAAAAAGAAAAUCUGCAUCAAGGUGCAUCUCUAUCAUAAACUGCACUGUUUAGUGUUUUUUUUAAGAAAAUAGAUGACGGAUGUUUAAAUGGGGGGAAAAAAGAGGUCGGAGGUCGUGCACUAUUGAUUAUGUUCCUGUGUGAAACAUAUAGAAAGAGUGGAACAUGUGAAAUGGUCCUGCUCAAAGUUGCUGUCUGAUGUGAUAUUCAUACUCCAAAAAAUUAAAGGUGUUUUAGCAGUUUGAGAGAGAGCUAUUUUACCAAAAUAUUAACAUUAAAUAUAGUUUUCAAUGAGUUAGUUUCUGCGACCACACGCGUGCGCUAUUCGUUUCUCUUAGGAAACAAAUAUUGUUCUUCCCUCCGCCUCCGAGCUUCAAGUAAUCACUGUAAAUAUGCAUCCAGUGGAAACGUAAUUACAGUUUAGUUUAUCUGUAAAUUGACAUGAACUGUUUUUAAGAUUGUUUUUGUUUUAAGACAGUAAAAGUUUAUAUUUUUCAGUCUCCUCUCAGACUAGACUUUAGCUUCAACUUUCUGGUUCAACUAAUCUGGAUUUAUCCAAAACAUUUUUGGGUCGCCUUUCAACAGAACCUCACUUCAAAAAUCAUGACCUGCCCCUUUAAGAAUAGCUGAGUCCUGAAAGGACGUCUGAAGCUCUUCUUACUCAGAUUCAGACGAAAGGUGGGAGAGCCGUUGCAGAGAUGUGAUUAUUGUGGGUUUUGUGUUUUCAAUUUGUCCUAAAAUGUCUCCUAGCUUGUUUACUAUAAUCUUCCUCUUAGAAUAAUGUGAAAAUUAUCUGAAAACUCGCACAUUUAAAGGCAAAACUAAACAGGUCGGUUAUUUUAAAAAGAUGACCUGUUGUAUUUUCGCAUAGUUCAAAAUUAGGGCUUCACCAUUUGAUGCAUAAUGAUGCUGAGGGGAAAAACAUUUGUGCUCACUCAUAUGUCAAAUCUUUUUUUUUUAUUUAAAAAAAUCUGGUACCCUGGGUGCUUUUUAAACAUUUUAAUUUUCUGCUUCAUGACAAAAUUUCUCCUUGCAACUAUUUCCAUCUGUAUUUAUUAGGACUGAACAUUGUCUUUAGCUCCUGUUACAUUUCUGUUAGCAUCAUACACAUAUUAAGCACUGGAUAUUAAUUCUGAUGUACUUUUCCUGUUUUUUUAUUUUUUAUUGACUAAUGUGAAGUUAUUGUUUGAUUUAAAACAUUACAAAUUAGUCAAAUAAAAUCAGUUUUUUUUUUGAGGGGGGCCUCGGUGUUGCCAGGCUCCAUUAAAAUUGCCAUUUCUUUCAAUGCAUUUUUAAAAGUGAUUAUUAUUGUUUCAUUUAUUUAAGCGGACUUUGUUUCUCGCAGCUCUGAACGGGCCACGCCGCCUCCGAUCUCUUUUGAAAAACAAGAAAGAAAAAAACGUAACCUCAUGCUCUUGUUAGUCGUGACCUGCGGAGGCAGAGCACGCGUUUUCAUGGUCACACGCAUUUUUAUUUUUGUUUUUUUCUUCUUUUUUUUUUGUGAUGAGUAUUGUAUUUGAAAUUUCAAUUGUGCGUUUUAACAUUUCAUUGUAUUUAUUAGCCUGCUUUGGCUCUAAAAAGUGUCAGUACAACUUGGUGAGAGAGACAAUCUGAAAACAAAAAUAUAUAUGAAUAAAAAAAGAAAAGACUUCA